GACGUGGCCUAGGGGCAAACUUAGCCUAUAGAUGAAGAAACUUGGAUGGUUUCUAUGGACAGCUUCAGGGAUACAUGAAACAUUGGAACAUGUUGCGACUGGCGAGAGUUCAAGGACUAACUACUAAGGUUAUUCUGCUGAAUUCUAUUGUUGCUAACGAUGAAUCUUGCCCUCAACAAACAAGUAGUAGAGCUCUGCAAUGUCGUGGGUUCGUGUGAGAGAACAAGGGAGAGAAACCGGAUGGAAAGCACGAGAUGAUUCCUUAUCUGUUCGUACCAGCUUGAGUGAGACCACCACAGGUGUCGAGGCUUAUCCCGAGAGGGGCCAUGGUGACUCAUCGUUUUCCAUCGAGUGGCAGUGGGGCACCUCCUGCUUUGUCGCUUUGGAUGCGGAUGCAUGUACUCUUGUCCACUUCUCCACCUCUCCUUUUCUCUCUUUUUUGCAGUGUUCAGACUAAAUUAUGGUGAUGGUUGACACCGAUAAUUGGUCGUACUCGAGUGAUGACAUGAUAAUACUAGUAUAUUAUCUUGGGAUUUGUGACUGUUAACUUGAUUCUCUUUCUCGUUCUUUUGUUGUUUUCGAUACAUCCUCUGAUCCUCAUGUUGAGACUUGACUAGGUCAUACGCAUAAGUUUCUGCAAUUCUGUUCAUAUACCGUACGGGGUUGCUUCCUGCUUUGAUCCUUUGCUAGCUACUCGUACUGUACCACCGUGCCCAGCGAGAAACCAGAGAUGAACAAGCGAUUCAAUUCAAUCCUAGACGAGCUUGUCUCGUAGUCUACCGUGCUGUCAAGGCUCAAUAUGAGGAUCAGCCAGGACAGCCAAACAGCAACUGAAAGAAGCGCACAUACGUACGUAGCCGUUUGUUUAUCUUUCGAACAAAUUUACAUGUCAGAUUUUAGCUUUUGUAGCUUCAGACGAGCAUCCAUCCAAUCCAUGAACACGAGGUUCCGUAGAGGAGUCUCGGAGCUCAGUGAGAAGCCGAGAACAGUAGCAGGUGUUGUCGGCCACUUAGCAACCUCCAAGGCACAGUCAGUUGUAGACCUGCCCUGCGGCACUAGCCACCUCUGCCGCGGCUUCAGAGCUUAGCUCGGUCCCCAGCAGCUGAGGAACAUGAUCAUCCUUAGCGACUCCUCGGCGCCGCCGCCGCCGCCGAUCUUGCCGGCCGCCGACAACCGCAACGCGCCCCGCUUCGCGGCCGAGGAGCAAGGCUUGGCCACCUGCUCCUUGAGCUCGAUGGCGGCGCCCAGCGUCACCGCAAUGUACGCCUUGUUCGCCACCGCAAACCUCAUCCUCUUUUUUUUCCCUGCGUUCCGAAGAAACUACGACUCUGCCUGGACUCUCAAGAACGUCAGUGCGCAUGCAGCUCGGAAAACAGGUGGCCGAGCGGACCACUGGUUCCGUCAAACAGGGAGCUCGUGCAGGCACCGAAUCCAUGGCGAUGAGAUGACCAGGGUAUUCUGGCAGUCUAUCAAGGACAAGCUUAUCUUCCCAUUUCUGGACCUGGACAUCAAGUACUAUGAUUUGGGGAUACUGCACGGUGAAGCAACUGAUGACAAGGUCACAGUGGAGGCUGCAGAGGCUACUCUCAAGUACAAUGUGGCUAUUAAGUGUGCGACCAUUACUCCAGGUGAAACUAGAAGAACGUAUGAAGCUAGACUUGUUGCAAUUUAUAGACAUGUAAGAGAGGAUGGAGUUGAGGGACAACCUAUUUCUGUUUCAACAGAACAAUUUGCAAACUUUGAAUGGCAACCAGUUAUCUGGAUCUUUGCCUGAUGAGAUUGGUUACCAGAUGAACUUUAACAGAUUAGAAAUAAAAUAUAACAACAUAUCAGGCCCAUACCUAACACUUUUGCCAACUUAACAAGAAUUAAACAUCUGUUAGUGUCGAGUAUCUUUAUUUUCUGCCCAUCCCUGAUGCUUCUGAUUUGUAAAAUUAGUAAAUAAUUCUGGUUCCAAUUUUACCUUUUAGUCACAUGAAUAAUAACUCAUUACAAAUCCCAUCUGAGUUGUCCAACUUGCCUUAACUCCUUCAUUUGUAAGUAGACCUCAACUUUUUCUAAUAUUUUCUAUUUUGCAAGUUGCAGAUGACUUGUAAGUUGACAUGUCUUGUGCUGUGAACUUGCAGCCUUGUUGAUAACAAUAAUUGAUCUGGGCCUCUUCCACCAGAAUUAGUAGAUACACGUAGUCUUCUUGCUAUCUUGACUGCUGAUAAUAACAACUUCAGUGGAAGCUCCAUCCUGCUGAAUACAACAACAUACAAACACUUCUAAAGCUGGCGCGCUCCAGCCUCCAGGCCGCCGCUGCUCCAACCCUCCUGCGCCGCCCGUCCGGCGCCGCCAGGCCCGCCUCUGCGUGCCGCUGCUCCAGGCCGCCGCCGCUCCAGUCAGCUGCUCUCCAGGCCGUCCUCCCUCCAGGCCGCUGCUCUCCAGGCCGCUCCAGGCCGCUGCUCUCAAGGCCGUCCUCCAGCCCCGCCUCAGAGCCUCUGCGUGCCACCGCUCCAGGCCGCCGCGCUCCAGGCCGUCCUCCCUCCUGCGCCGCCUGUCCGGCUGCCAGCCCCUCCAGCCCCGCCUCUGCUGUCCCACUGCGGCAGGACUACAGAGUACAGAGACUGACUGUCCCACUGUUUGGUAUUUGACUUGAUAUAAUUGCCUGAAAUUAUGAUAUAUUGAAAUUUCCCUAUGUUGUUUAAAACUACAUUUAAACUUUGUUUAAACCGUUUAAAAGUUAAAACUUACCCAUGAGCGUUUCAACGUUUCGUCGUUUUAAUAACCUUGAUUAAAAGUGUAGGCAUUGGUGAGUACAAACCUAAGGUUAAAAGAAGAAUAUUUUGAAUAAAAGUGUUUGUAUUUGCCAAAUGGCUUAUGCUUUUAGUUGAGAUAGGUAGUAUAUCAAAGUUCAGGGCAUCACAUAGAUAAGAACGAAUUUGCUCCGUGUGCAACAAAAAGCUCGUUUUUACACUGACUCCUCUUCUAUUGCAGCCUAUAGCUGCCAAAUAGUUGGAUGCAACUGGUCCAUUUAUCUGGAAAUAUUUAUAUUUAAAAAAAUAUCGAAAAACAUUACAUUUAAAAUUUUAUAGGUAGUCUUCUUUCAUUCUGUGGAGAUCAUUUUCACUGAUAACUGAAACAACAAUUACUUCAUUAUAUUCAUUCAAGGACAAGCACCACACAAUCAACAUCAUGUUUAAACUCAAAUCAAGACGUGUUGAGUAAACCAUCCUUUUACAUGUUACCAGGAGUCUAAGAAACUAUAGUUUGGGUUGUUCCAGAUUUGAGUGUCAUACCUAAAUUUGGGUACUUGUAAGUCCAGAUUAAAUGCAAUGUUUCCUUUCUCGGUUUUUGGACAUCUUACAAUCAUAAAUUAUCCUUUUACAUUAACUUGCAGCCUUUCAAAAACAUAUGUUUUCCCAAUAUUAUUUAUUAAAUGCUUUUAGUAUUGUAUCUUCAUUUUAGAGUGAGAAAUCCGCUACUCAAUUCACAUCAGGAUAUUAGUUGUCAAAUAUUUUAGUACUAAUAUUGAGGGGGAUGGCGGAGGGCAUUGCGCUGCGGGGUUACAUCGCCGUCACCUUCGACAUGCGCGACAUAGGUGGGUCCACAGGGCGGGUGUCGCUCACGUGCUCCAUCAAGAACAUCGAGUGAGGUGGUGUGCUGCUGCUCUAAAGAAGGGAGGAGAGGAAGUAGCGACAAUGUCGCCAAGACCACCUGGCGCGAUGUCUCCUACCAGAUCACCAAGAUCAACAUGUACAAGGAUGGUCGGCAUGUACAAGAUAUGCUUAAGGUGAGGUUGUAAUUCAGGAUGUGCAUAUAUUUCUUGGGCUUGAAUUUGUUUAAUCUAAAUAGAUUAUUUUUUAUCCAAUCCAAAUUUCCAAUGACUUGCCAUAUCAUUAGCAUCAGAGGCUCCAUAAAGCAGCUCUGCUAGAAUUAACUGAUUCACUGUCAAGGUCAAACAUCACUAUGAUAUUGCUGAGAUGGUCCAAUCAGUGACAAUGCUGGUGGUAUUGUUGAGAUGGCAGGAAUGAGCCACAAAAUCUGAGAGAACUUAUGCUCUUGGUGCUGCUGACAACACAACUGUUGCUAUUAGAAAGGGAUUUGCCAUUGGUUCAGGUGCUCUUGUGUCCCUGGUGCUGUUUGGUGCCUUCGUUAGCAGAGCUGGAGUGAAGGUUGUCGAUGUUCUCUCCUGAAGGUUUUCAUUGGUUUGAUUGUUGGAGACAUGUUUUUGUACUGGUUCUCUGUCAUGACCAUGAAGAGUGUUGGAAGUGUCGCCCUAAAGAUGGUGGAGGAGGUUCGCAGGCAGUUCAACACCAUUCUUGGGUUGAUGGAGUGAACAAGCAAGCCUGACUAUGCAACCUAUGUGAAGAUUUGCACUGAUGCUUCUUCCAUCAAGGAGAUGAUUCCUUGGGGUGCUCUGGUCAUGCUGACUCCCUCAUUGAUGGAACCUCUUUGGCAUCGAGACUCUCUCUGGCGUUUUUGCUGGUGCCCUGGUUUUUGGAGUGCAGGUGCGCACUUUGCCUUCUACUCUCUCUGUGCACUUCAAUGUGUUUGCUUGUUCUAGGGUUUAUGGAGAUUUCUGCUUUGGACAAAUUGCCAUCUCUACUUCCAACACUGUGCUGCAUAGGAUAACGCAAGAAGUAUAUUAAGAACAAGGCCAUCUCAGAUAAAAGUAGAUGUAGCUUUCAUAGGACUUAAUUCCAGCAAAGCAAAGGUUGGCAGUGCACCAAACAAUAGCGUUUAUACUUCAUUCUUAUGGAUUGGAGAAGCCUAUGCAACAUGUCAAGCCAGAUGACAUGCAGAUGAGAAGGUUCUGCAUCAAUAGAAACCAGAGAAAAAUCUGUAUGUGUCUGUAUGACAUCUCAGAUAAAGCCUGAUGAUCAGCAUGAUGAAAGGUGGGGAGUUCUAUAGCUGGUUUAAGCUGGAGCUAGCUUCUGAAGUCCGGUCAGGUGUCUGUAUGUGUUGCCCCUUUUUAUUUCAUUUCAUGAGAAAAGAUUGUUAUUUGUUCCUUGAACUGUACUUGGUCGUACUUGUGAAUAAAUAUUUUAGCAUGGUUGUUCGACUUCUCAUAAUGUUUAUUCGA